CGCCCCAGGUGCUCAUGGAUAAACCCACGUGAUUAUACGUAACUACAUAAACAAACCACACCGUGUCACGCAAAAAAAAAAAAAUGACUCUGUUGCAGGCUAGUUAGCGAAUAUCACCGACAGUGGUAUUUACCACGACUCGCUGCCGCCAAAAAUAAUACAAUGAAGAAUCAGACCCACAGCAAUUAACAGAACUAAUGGAAAGUGUCAGACUGUUCACCAAUGCGGGAAGCGAAGUCCGAGCUCUGGGGCCUGGCGAAGGGACUGUCGGAGCGCUGCCCGGGGCUAGGCCACCACUUCGAUCGCACCAUCUACACUCCACAACAGGUUCCCCUGGAUCUCUAAUGGUUGAAUCGGUGGACGACGCGGAGGGUUUGUAUGUCGCAGUGGAGAGGUGUCCCCUCUGCAACACCGCCAGGCGGAGGCUAACUUGUGCUCGAUGCAUCCAUGCAGGCGAUUUCGUGUACUUCGAUGGUCGAAAUCCCGAACGAUACACAGAAAAACUGGAAAGACUUAAAAUGCUGAAGAAGGAGAAAGACCUUCUCCAACACAGGGUCAUUACAGCCAUGGACAAGAAGGUCCAGGCAGAUGAGCUGAAAUGGAAGAUCAUGUCAUGCAAGAUGAAAAUAGAGCAGCUGAAGGAGGCUAUAGAUUAUGGGAAUGAAGAGGUGAAAAGUGGUAAGGACCUGCUGAUUCACACCCAGGAGGAGAGCCAGAGGCUGCAGCGCCGCGCCAGCCGCCACCAGGAGAAGAGGGACAAGAUCGAACGACAUAACCGGCGGCUGGGCGAUCUGCUGGAGAAGAGGAGCAAGGAGCUGCAGGGUCGUCUGGAGCAUCUGGCUGAGGUCCGUCGGGGACACAUCCUGGAGCUCACCGAUCACAUCUUCCCCACCCAGGAGGAGAAGCAGGGCAGUAGGGACCCUGCUGACGUGCUGUCAGAGUGUGACCUGGCCCUUACCUCCAGCACGGUGAGUGAGCUGGCUGAGGCCCGCCGAACCACCUACCUGUCAGGGCGCUGGAUCUGGGACGACCAGAACGGAGAGACCUCCAUCAGUAUCACCGGGCCCCAGGUCAGUCUGCCCAGCAAUGGGGACUGCUCCCCCUACUACAACUGGGUGGAGGAGAAGAGUACCAACGAGGGACCAGAGCUGGACCACAUCAACCCAGCACACACCAUCAGUGCAGCCCUCUGCUACGCUACCCAGCUCAUCAACAUCCUCUCUCACAUCCUGGAUGUCAACCUUCCCAAGAAGUUGUGUAACAGUGAAUUCUGUGGCGACAGCCUGAGCAGAUAUAGGUUCACCCGUGCUGUCACCAAGCUCAACACUAACAUCCUGCACCUCUGCUUCUCACAGCAUGUUGACAGUGAACUCCUCCACCCUCACCACACCCUGAGAAACAUCAUGUUCCUGGUCUCCCCUGACAAUCCCAACCUGGGCAGGACGGGGCCGUAUGAGGUCACGGCGGACCUGGAGGACUCCAUGGAGUUCGUGGAGCCCGAGGCGUCUGGGCCGGCGGAGGAGAGUGGGGACGAGGCGGUGACUGAUGAGGAGACCGACCUGGGCACGGAUUGGGAGACGGUCCCUAGCCCCCGCUUCUGUGACAUCCCCUCCCAACCCAUGGACCUCUCCCAAAGCACGGCCAUGCAGGUGUCCCAGCCAGUGGGCCAGGCCGGGGGUAUGAUCUCCUCCGCAGCGGCCUCAGUCACCUCCUGGUUCCGGGCGUACACCGGCCAACGCUGACCAGCCGGGGUGGUAUUCAUUAGAGUACACUGUAGAAAACAAUGUUUUGCAACGUAGUAGACGAACAAGGGUUUGUUAUUGUGCAAGUUCAGGUAGUUGUUCCUGUUUCAGUCUGUUUGGUGUUGAAUGAACACACCCCAGGACUAGCUGGAGCUAUGCAGCAGCAACGUACCCAAACAGAACAUUCUGUUCCCACUCUGCCUGUAGUCCACCCACAGCCCUCCACAACCACCAACUAGUUUUAUUUCUAGGUUGCAUGACUAAAUCAGUGUGGAAGAAAGGGAAAUGAAUUGCUGACUUUUUGGGGGAUGUUAUCAGUGAAAGUAGUAUUAAUUAAGGAUAUGGUUUCAGCAAGGAUUACUGGUCUUUGGAGUUCCCAGUGAAGACCAUUCAAACUGACAGUGUAUGUUGCUUCAAAAUGACGUGACAGGCCUUCCACAGCAUUGCACUGGAUAUGGGACAAAUAUAGUUAAACGUCAUCCUGUUCUUUUUCCUCCAGAAAUCUGUUGUCACUGUCAGUGUAACCAUCCAUAUUGUCACCUCUUUAGGUUUCUUUGGUUACAUCCUAUAUUGUAAUGGUGCAUUAAUACUGUUGACGUCAGCCCUAUGGGCCUUGGUGAGAAGUCUGGCACAACAUCCACAAGUGCCAUUUGGAACGUAAACUUUCUUUAUGCUGCAUUACAGCCAGGUAAGGAUUGUGUUUUAGGUGGAUGGCCAAACAAGGGACAUAACCUUCAGUUGUCACUUAUGCCAUGGCACUUCACGUCAAAUGCUGUUUUUCUUACUGGUCAUGUUUGACAUCUAGCUUUCUUCAUAAAGGUAGCUAUACUUCUCAUAGUAAUGUGGCUGCCUCUUACCCUGUGUGGGUCUUUAUACAAGUUGACAAUGACCGGGUAGAACACUACAUUCAUCAUCCAUGUCUGUAAAAACACUUUUUUUAAUUUAGGAUUGUUAAAUGUAAUCUGAAACUUACUGCUAAUGCAGAGUAAGCCUUUAAACUGUCACAAUAAGCAAUAUUUCACGUUUUACAAUGAAGACCUCUGUAAUUAUAUUUAUCUUGAGUGACAAAGCGUGUUUGGUUUCUCUGUUGCCAUAGGUCUGAUUAGAACCAUUAAAUGCAUUUCAGGAUCUUAA